UCCAACCUUCACCUCAGUUAUGUAGAGUACUUGGAGUCGAUCAGCAGCUCCUCCACAGUGAAAACAAGCCUUAUGAUGAUWACAAUACAGCAUUUCCUUUUUUAUCUUUAAUUUCCCAGGUGGUGGGGYUGGCUGUGGCCCUGACUGGACUCAACUUUCUGUUCAAAUACAAAGACUACAGCCUGCUUACCUCUCAGAUGUACAUCACCCUUCCAGCUGUCCUCGCAAUCUGCAGUGGUGCCUUUCUGUUUGUCACCGGGUGCCUCGGCUCCUGGAUGCACCUCAAGGACUCCUCCUGUCACCAAGGACUGUUUGUUUACUUUCUAGUUAUGGUGUUUUGUCUGCAAGGCACAGCUUCAUUGUUUGCUUAUAUCCACUAUAAACAGGUGGAUUUAGAGGUAGCUCCUAUCAGUGAAGUGUUUCAGAAAUACACCGGCAGCAGUCAGGAUAUUAACUCUCGAACUGUYGACAUGGCUCAAGAAAAGCUCCUGUGUUGUGGUGUCCAUAACUACACAGACUGGCUGAAAACCUCAUGGUUCAUUCAAACUGGUGGACUUUCAGUUCCUCACAGUUGCUGUGACCCUAUUUUCAGCUCAUGUAACGCCACUGUGAAUCAGCCAUGGCUGCUUUACAAAGAGGGCUGUCAAGUAAAGCUGAAGAUGGCRUUACAGGUCAUGCUGCAUCCUAUUAUCUGGGGCUUCCAGCUGGUUUAUCUCACUGAGGCUGCUGUGCUUCUGGUAAUGAGACGGCUGAUGAACGAACAACCAUUUAAAACACAUCAAGCUCUGCACAAAUACUAAAGCCAUUAACAGAGGAAAACUGUGCAGAAACAGUUCUAACUGAUAUCUCACAUUAUAAAAUGCAAAACUCCUUAUUAAUAAAUACAAUUAUACUAAAAGAAAAAAACAACUUGUACUAUAAAUGGUAUAAUAUUUUGAUAAUUAUUAUA